CAUACCUGGAAGUCAGGAUAUCGAUUUAAUGGAAAUGUCCCCUACGAUAUUUAAAAGCCCUCUGUUUACCCAGAGUGAUACAUCAAAAAAGCAUAUUAAUGAUCUCAAAUUAUUUCUGGAUAAACCAUCUAACAAAAAAGCAAAGAAGUCGGUUAAAAAAGAAUCACAUAUAUUAAAAGAUUUUAUAAAUGAAUUAUCUACCGAACCCGAAACUUCACAAGUUUCUGUAACUAGAAAAGAAAAUACAUAUGAUUUUAUUGAUUUGUAUAAUAAUAUAACACAUGCAGAAACACAAAAUGAAAUAACAAAUUGGGAUGUUAUAACUUGCUAUUAUCUUUUUGGUAAAGCUCUAUCAGAACAACUUAAGCAUCACGAGAAAACAAAUCCCCCAUAUGCUUCUUUGUUGCUAGUUAAUAAAGAAGUUAGAGAGCAAAUUCCUAAUAUUAUGGAUACUAUAUUGUGA